CACCCCUCCCCGUGCGAGUGUCUCCCUCUCCCUCUCGCUCUCUCUCUCUCUCUCUCUCUCCCUCUCUCUCUCUUUUGUGAGUUAUAGCAACCGUUGCCUUGUGAAUCAAGCGCCAUAGUCACCGUAGUCCUGGCGACUGUUACCCAUCAACAACAACUACUCCUCUCCUCCUCCUCCUCCUCCUCCUCUUCCUCCUCCUCCUCCUCCCCACCACCACCAUCUCCAUCACCCACCAACAACACCACAAUAAUCCACAGCCAAGUGUGUGAUUGCUAAUGUAGCCAUGAAAAGGAGAUUAAUUCAGAUACAUUCACAACCUGAAACAAGAUGCUUCCAUCAAAAGAAUCAGAUCCUCAUAUAGCUGCUGGAGCUGGGAGUGGAACUACAGUCUUUGACAGCAAUAAGCUGUAAAUAUACACACAUGCUAAUACCCUUGAUUUGUUCAUCUUUUGUGUCAGCAUUUGGAAAAGAUUGUUAAAGUGGCAGUUAUAGUAAGACUGGCAAUUACAGUAAAGAGCAGAAAUUAGGUAUUUGUGACCUAUUAUAUUUCAUUAAAAGACUUCCUUAUUAAAAUGGCACUGCUCACUCUGAUUACUUGACAGCUGCCCUAAACAGAUUAGAAAAUACACAGCUUCAACUAAAGGUAAAUCAGCCUCUUUAAGCAAGCUUAUGGCAUAGAACAAGUAAAUGGUAUAGUGUAUGCAAUUUUUUUUGUGACAAAUUUGCUUGAGGUAUAGAUGUUUAUCAGUGAUUAAGUGAUAUAUUCGUUCAUAUUCCUAUAAUAAUAGUUUGCUCACAGUGACAUUUCCCGUGGAGAUAUUUUCAUAACACCCAUCUGAUAUAUGAGCUCCUACUAGCGGACCUUAUUAUGAGGCAUCAUAAUUCAAGAGAUCUGCAUGGCUUCAAAGAAUCUUUUUCUUGCUAAGUGAUGAGUUACAGCUCCAAUUCAAUGUAAAUACUUUCUUUACCAGGCAAAAUUCUAAUUUUUGGAAGUUUCGCCUUGAGGUUAUCAGUUUUUUUCUUUACCAUUUAAUAAUCCAUGGGAGCCACUGUGAAUGUAAUACUUGAAUUUGGGGCUCACUUUCAGAACAUUGAAUUUUUUUUUUUUUUUUAGAGAAGAAUUCCUUGUGGUACUUGUUACCUUCAAGAUAUUUCUGUUUACUUUGUUACGUAGUACAGUGACUUGUAUAGUGACUUACAUAGUGACUGUGUAGCACUUUAUAGAAAAAUCCUGCCUAUCAGUUAUUCUGAUAGUAGUUUAGCAGUUAAGUUGCCAGACUUGGUACAUAUUGUAACGUUUCAAGACUUUGACCUUAUAUUUGACAUCAUGAGGAAUGGCAUAAACAACUGUAGAUCAGCCUGUGAGUAUCAAAUCACAGCAUGCUCUUGAAGACACAAACACAGGUUCACUAUGAAGCAGAUUUGUGGAAAGCUUACCUCCUGCAAACUAAUCUUGAAUGUAGAUUUUUGUCAGGACUGUCACAGCGUUAAUAGCAGGCUGUUGUAGUAUUUGCAUGGAUUUGUAAAAUUUCCACAAAGAUGCAAACCAUGCUGUGUGAGAUGCUUGUAUGCCAGUUCCACAUACACAACUAUCUAUGACUUAUAUCUUUAGCUUAAUUUUUUUUUAAAUCUGAUGCACCUUGCAUGAGGUGUGUUAGCUUGCAAAAUUAUUAGGGAAAAAUGUGAGUUCUACUCCUUUGAAUAAGAGAUACUGGAGUUCAAACCCUGGUUUUGUCAUUUGGUAGCUAAUUAUCUUUAAAUAAAUUUCUUAACUGCUUUGAUCCCAGAUUUCUAAUGUAAAAUUGGGAAUAUUACCUACUCUGUAGGAGUUUAAAAUGAAAGAUAAAGUGAAAGGGAAAAUGAGAUAAGUGUAUAUAGAGAGCUUAACAUGAUAGCCUAGAAUUAAUACUCAAACUGUGGAAGCUGAUAUUCUUACUUCCAUCUUUCUGGCUUAGUCUUUGUGGUGAAGGAUAUGAGGAGGGUUUUGCAGGAAAGGGUAGCAGCUGAAAAUAGUAACAUGGAACUAGAUAAUUGGAAACAAAAUUGUUUUCAAAGAGGAAUGUUAUGCACUACAUAUUAAGUCAUUUUUAGUAUUGGUAAGUGAUUAAGAAUUCUUUAAACUUUUAUAAAAUGGCCUCUCAUUCAGAUUGCAGUCUUGGGGCAGGAUCUUUAAAGUUUACAGGAGCAGUUAUAGAAAAUGCACUACGAGAUGAAAUACCUACUACUUUGUACAAAGAGUGAAAUUUAAUUAAUAGAACAAGUUUAGUUAUUUUAGUAAAUAAAUACAGUGAGGCUCGUAUUAUUUAAACAGUCAGCCUGUCUUUAAAAUUUUCUUCCGUGUAAAAAUCUAUAAGAGCAGAAGUGACUAAACUGCGCGGGCUUAUGUAAACACCUUACAAUGUUGAUGUAAGAAAACUGAAAAUGAAUAUAGCUUCUGCUUAAAAGAAGUAAAGCAGCAGUGGAAUCACAAAGUUUGAUUACUUUUGGCACUUUUUGGCCUACCCCUUAAAACUAUUUAAUGUGUUCAUCAUUGAUUUACAAAAUAUGGUUUACAUUUGAGUAUAUUCUGUUGUUGCUUAAGUGAUCAUAAAGAAAGCAUUUCAUUUAACUGGAAGGUAAUAUUUUCAAAAGAAUAGAAGUGGUUUGAAAUAUAAUAAUGGUUUGCAGUGGCUAGUGUGAUUAAGUUGGUUUAGGUAGUGGUUAUCCUAUUUCAAUUCUUUGAGGAGCGUACAUCUAGCUUACCUAAGAUUAGUGAAAAGAUGAGGCAUAGAACAUACUUAACGUUGCGGUGAUAUUUUACGAGUGAGAAGAAAACCAGGCUAAAAUGAUACUUUUAGAGCCAGGGGAAACAGUAUUUAUAAAGAUAUAGUUACACAGAUACAGCCUUUCAGAUAAAACCAUUAGCUGAUUCUAGUAGUUCUGCACAUUUUAAAUGAUUUUUUUCCUUGAGCACAACUUGUGUGUGCAUAUUAAGCUGUUUAAUGACAUUUUAAAGAAUUAAAUACUGCCAAAAUAAAUACAAAAAUGUUAAAUUUCAGAGCUAAAAUACAUUCUAUUGAUAUUGCCAUUUCUUUUUACAUGAAUGAAAAUGUGAUUUAUCUUGUGUGAUACAAUAUCUGACUUAUGUAUGGUACAGUUGACCACUUGUAAAAAUGUAGAACAUAAUUGUACUUUUUAUGCUUAAUUGGAUAUCAUGUCUAGCUCGGUGAAGAUUCAUACAUUAGCUUCAUAAAUUUUCUUGCUACAUAGAAUUUUUUUUCCUAAAAAUGGAGAAGUUCUUGCCUUAUGGUUACCUUUCUUUCCUUGAUAUUCUGAGCACUUUGAAUGGUUGAAUAGGGGAAAGUAUAAUAUGUAUACAAAUACAGUAAUAUACAUAUAUAUGUAAAUACAUAUACAUAUGAAAUAAUGUGGACUUUCUUUUCAGGGCAGUGUAAAGUUAGAAUUCUUCAUAUUGACAUAAUUCCUAGGUGAGAAAAACUAAUUAAACCACCAAACUUAUCCAGACUUUCACUAUUGGUAAGGCCUUUUAACACCAAAAUGUUUUAUGCAAACCGUAUACUAUAUAUAAAUGCUUCUCAAAGUGUGAAUGGAAGACCGCUGGAGGCCUUUUUUCAAUUCCCUGUCUGUGUGAGGCUGCGUUUUCUUCAUAACUUCAGCCAAAACAGCAGAUUGAGUAUAGAACUAGUUGUUAGAAUCUGUCUUUUAUUAAGCAAGACAUUAAAGGAUUUUAUAAAAUUGUAAAACAGUUCCAUACUUAUCAAGUUUUUUUAUUUUGGAAAAUUUAUAUUAUUUUAUAAUUUAAAAAUUAACAUAGAAUGAUUACUGUUUUAAAUUAAUGCAUAUUUAUUAUAUUUCUCCAUUUGAUUUUCUAAUAAGAUGAGUAUAGAUAGAUAAAACUAAUGAUUUAAAACUGAAGCCUUAUCAGCUGCACAGAACCACUGUUGCUCAUCUCUUCUUAAUUCUGUAUUCAGAAUGUCACAUUUCUAGCUUGAAAAGUAGCUAUAUCAGGAGUAUACACAUUAGUAUACAACUUAGUAGAAACCACAAAUCUGACUUUUUUUGGUGAGGAGGGAAAGAGUGAAGAGUUGGUUGUUAAACAUUUAUUAUGACUGGUUACAUGACCGGAUAUAAUAUAUGCCAACAAAAGUUCUUUGGGAUUUUCAAAAAAAUUUAAGAUCUGAAGGGGUUCCAGGUGCAAAAAUUUGCUUAUUAUAAAAGAACUGUUGCUUAUUACUAUACUAUGCAAAUUUAACAGCAUAGUCUAUGCAAAUAUAUGAUUGAGGCAGGAUUUUCAGCCAGGACUCUGUCUCUAGGGCCACUUUACUAGUCUUUUUUGCAGUGUCUUCCAACAAAAUUAACUCCACAAAGUGAUUUGAAGUCAAAAGAUACAUGAUAUCUUUUGUUGCUCUCAUCAUACUAAGUACAUAGCUUACUUGUUAAAUGGUUCAAGACUAUCAGUAUUAUGGGGAUACAGACAAAUGGAAAGAGAAAGGGUUAUGGACUUGAGUGGUUAGGGAAACCUUCAGAGGUGAGGCAAAGCAGGACAUGGAUCUUAGAAGAUUGUUUUGGAGGUGUAUUGUCUGUGAUGAAGAGAUUGCAAACAGAAUGGCAUAGUGGCAAGUAUGAUUUUGUUAUAAAGAGUUUGAAGAGUUUGUUGGGAAAUCGUGAAGCAGAUGGAGUGAAAAGGCAAAGGCUAUGGGAUAACCAGUCAGUGUAUAUUUUUAGUAAAUGGAUUACAUAUUAAGGUGAAAGUGGUCCUUUAAGGAGAUUAAUCUGGCAGAUCUGUGUAGAAUAGAUAGAGCAGAUCGGAAUUCAGGGGAACCUCUCUCAAUCAUCUGAAAGGAAUAAUAGGGUGAAGAAUUUGGGCUUUUAAUUCAGAAAGACUGUGGUUGAAAUCCUUUUUCUGCUAGUUUUUUGCUUUUAGUUCAUGGAUAAGACAUAGAUAACAACUAGUCACUGGGGUUGUAAAUAUUACUAAAGGUGAGAAAGAGCCUAAUACAGGUUAGAUGCCUGGCACCGUCCUAGGACCCUCCUUAGCAGUUCUGUUCUAGAACUUAGUGGCAAAGGGAGAACUGAUCCUUCGUUACCUUGCAUGUGUCCUGUAGUCUGCCUUCAUUUUUCAUAUCCUAGGCUCUUUGCCAUAGCCUGCCCCAAGAUUAUUCCACAGGCAACCUUGCUCCUCCACCCCUUGCAAGCUAUCUGUUGACUAUCCUGUAGGCCUAGAGUUGAGUAUGCCUGAAUCUCCAUCUGUCAUGAGGAGUGUAGUCCAGAACUCUGCAUGGGAGUUCAGGGUCCUGGGAAUCUUCUGAAGUAGAGUCUAAAGGAUUCAGGGAGCAUGGGUCUGGGCUGUGCAGACUUCUUGCCUCCCGAGGAGGUACCUGGCCAGAGAGCCAAAGCAAGCUCUCUAAAGGGUGUGGCCCAGACCAAUGGCUUCUGUUGCCUGAGUCUCAGGGGGUGCUGAAAGGGACAUCUGACACGAGUGACAAAUGAGCAGGGUUUAUUUACUGUUGGUUAUGGGGCAUGAGAAAAUGUGAGUGAAAAAAAGAUGAAAGAUCACUGGGUUCGAGGAGAAUUAUGGAGCCACUGAGAAAGUAGGACAGUAUUUGGGAGUUGGUAGAAUGGGACCUGAAUGUAGAAUAGCCAUGUUUUGCCCCAGCACCUAAUGACCUCCUAGCACUUUACCAAGCAUCUAGUACUGACUCAGUAAAUUUUGAAAUGCAGGAUAGAUAUUUUGAAUAAUUGUGCCGGAGAUGAAAAUAGAGUCAUUGUAGAAUAUAGAUGAAAACAAGGAAAAUUAGGUCUUGUGGUUGGGGCCACUGUAGCACUUUCGAUGUUAGGUAGAUAGCAUUGAUUAGCAUGGUUAUCUGUAAGCUAUUAGUGUGUAAGGACUGUAUUAUGUAUUUAAUUUUUGUAUGUGUGACACCAAACAAACAGCUAGUCUUUCUUAGAUUAAUUGAAUAAUAUACAAGCAGGAGUUUUUAAGAAAUGAAUUGGAUUUUAAGGUUAAGAUAAGUGACAAAGACAAACUUGUAUCAUCAGUAAAGUAGUAGGCUGAGGAAGUUGUAAUCAUAAAAAAUAGAUUCUGAGCAAUUGUGGUUUUUGCUCACAAUGAGAUAGAAAACAGUGAAAGAUAAUGUUCAAAGAAUAUGUUUUAUUUGCAGCCUAUUUGGAAAGAAGUAAACACAGAUGAAUAGACUGGCCUGAAUUUUUCACUUGAUAUUUACAAGGUAGGUAGAUAUAGGGAAAGGUAGUAGGGGAAAAUGAUUGGAAUUAAAGGAGUAGGUUGAAUUAUAAACAUUUAACUGCAGAUAUGUUUGACUCACGUUGCUCAAAAUUGUUAAGAAGUAUUGUAUAGUCACUUAAUAAUAUGUGUACUACAAAUAAUGCCUCAUGUCAGAAAAUGUAUUUUAUAAUGACAGUUAAGUAAGAAAAUAUGGGAAUAUGAUUAAAAUUGCCAGGUUCUUUUUGAGAAUUCAAGUGUGUUAAUUAUUGUAGAUUAUUGCAUUUUUGCUGUAUCUGAUUUGUUAUCACUUAAAUACACAGCAAACACCUGUGAUUGUUUUAGUGAUCCUUGUCUUGUCUUCUUCAAGUAAUCCCAAAUUUGUGUAUUUAGACUGUUGCCUAUUCAUAUAUACUCAGCUGUGCUUGUUUGCUUUGUUACUUUUCUAUGUCUAAUGGCCAAUAUAAAAAUUUAUGGCAACUGUCACUUAAUGUCACCUUUACCUUUAAAGAAAAAAAGAUAAAACCAAAUCGUGCCAGGUAACUAUGAUGCUCUUUAUAGUUAACUAAAUGAUCAGAUAUACUUUGUAAUAAGUUUAUCUCUGAUAUCAUGGGCCAAAUUUAGGGAACAUAUAUAAGCACAUACAUGUAGGUAUAUUUGUAUAUUAUUGCUACUCCACAUUUACUUUAUUAGCCAAUAAAAAGUAUUAGUUUAAAAAUAAACUUGUAUAUUCUUCUUCCUUGAACAAAAGAUCUUUCUUUUAAAAAUUUCCAUAAAGCUAAAUUAUUUUUAAGAAAUUAGCAAAUGCAUGUCAGCUGCUAAACCAUUCUCACUUUUGCUUCUCUGCAAGAAAUUAGCACAGUGAUUUUCAGAAUUGUUUGCUCUUUCAUCUUCAUGGUUUAAAAGUACAUGUUCUUUUAAAGAACGCUUUUUUCUCAGAUUUCCCGAUUUAUUUUUCUUGUUAUUAGGAUACUGUGAUUAUUCUUUGAAUUAUAAUUCUUUGAAAACUAAAAAUUCUCUUAUGUAAAAUCAAAAACGGUGUCUUUUUUGGCUAAAUCAGAAACAUUUAAAAAUAUCACUGCAUUCAGUGAAGAAAUACUUUUAAAAUAAUUCAGUUAUUUAAUUAAUAUAAUUAAUACUUAUUUACAAACUUAAUAAUUUUAAAUAAUCACGUGACUUCUGCAUAUCAAAUAAUUCAUUUAUAAUGUGAACUAAUUGUUCUUGCUUUUAAUAUUUUAGGCCACUUGGUCAUUCUGGCAUUUUAUGGUAGAGAAUACAUUGAGUUUGGCUCAUGGAAAGAAUAUGAGAGACCAUCAUGCAGACAUCAGAGACUGGAUCAGACACAGGUUCAACAGUGACUUUACAAACAUCUGUGGCUAGUCAAGCAGCAGUGCCUACGCAGGUGGUACAGCAAGUACCAGUACAACAACAGGAUAUAGAAUUGGGUUGGGCAGCGGAUGUGCUGGAAUUGUCUUUUUCUUUUGGGGUACAGCAGGUACAGACUGUGCAGCAGGUACAACAUGUCUAUCCAGCUCAGGUGCAGUAUGUGGAAGGAAGUGACACUGUCUAUACCAAUGGAGCAAUCCGAACAACAACUUAUCCUUACACAGAGACGCAGAUGUACAGCCAAAACACUGGAGGGAAUUACUUUGAUACUCAAGGUAGUUCCGCACAGGUGACUACUGUGGUCUCAUCCCACAGUAUGGUGGGCACUGGUGGGAUUCAGAUGGGCGUCACAGGAGGACAACUCAUCAGCAGCUCUGGAGGAACCUAUCUGAUCGGCAAUUCAAUGGAGAAUUCUGGUCACUCAGUGACACACACAACUCGGGCCUCCCCAGCGACAAUUGAAAUGGCGAUUGAGACGCUGCAAAAGUCUGACGGUCUGUCCACUCACAGAAGCUCUCUUCUCAACAGCCAUCUCCAGUGGCUGUUGGACAAUUAUGAGACAGCAGAAGGAGUGAGCCUUCCCAGAAGCACUCUAUACAACCACUACCUUCGACACUGUCAGGAACACAAACUGGACCCAGUCAAUGCUGCCUCUUUUGGAAAAUUAAUAAGGUCAAUUUUUAUGGGGCUACGAACCAGGAGAUUGGGCACUAGAGGAAACUCCAAGUACCACUACUAUGGGAUUCGUGUCAAGCCAGAUUCCCCUCUUAAUCGUCUGCAAGAAGACAUGCAGUAUAUGGCUAUGAGACAACAACCCAUGCAACAGAAACAAAGGUACAAGCCUAUGCAGAAAGUGGAUGGGGUUGCAGAUGGUUUCACAGGAAGUGGUCAACAGACAGGCACAUCUGUUGAGCAAACUGUAAUUGCCCAAAGCCAACAUCAUCAACAGUUUUUAGAUGCAUCUCGAGCACUUCCAGAGUUUGGAGAAGUUGAAAUCUCUUCUUUGCCAGAUGGUACUACCUUUGAGGAUAUCAAGUCACUGCAGAGUCUUUAUCGAGAGCACUGUGAGGCAAUAUUGGAUGUUGUUGUGAAUCUUCAGUUUAGCCUGAUAGAAAAAUUGUGGCAAACAUUCUGGCGCUAUUCUCCCUCUACUCCAACUGAUGGCACUACCAUUACCGAAUCGAGCAAUCUGAGUGAAAUAGAAAGUCGACUUCCGAAAGCAAAGCUGAUAACUCUGUGCAAACAUGAGUCUAUCCUGAAAUGGAUGUGUAACUGUGACCAUGGGAUGUACCAGGCUUUGGUGGAGAUUCUCAUCCCCGACGUCCUUAGACCUAUUCCUAGUGCCUUGACCCAAGCCAUUCGAAAUUUUGCAAAAAGCCUUGAAGGUUGGCUUUCCAAUGCCAUGAACAAUAUUCCACAGAGAAUGAUACAAACCAAGGUUGCCGCUGUAAGUGCCUUUGCCCAGACUCUGCGAAGAUACACAUCGCUCAAUCACCUGGCCCAGGCAGCUCGUGCAGUGCUUCAGAACACUUCCCAAAUCAACCAGAUGCUCAAUGACCUCAACCGUGUCGACUUUGCCAAUGUCCAGGAGCAGGCUUCCUGGGUGUGCCAGUGUGAUGACAACAUGGUUCAGAGACUAGAAACAGACUUCAAGAUGACUCUUCAGCAGCAGAGCACCCUGGAGCAGUGGGCUGCAUGGCUUGACAAUGUGAUGAUGCAAGCACUAAAACCCUAUGAAGGAAGACCCAGUUUUCCUAAAGCCGCCAGGCAAUUUCUGCUAAAAUGGUCUUUCUACAGCUCAAUGGUUAUUCGGGACUUAACCUUACGCAGUGCUGCUAGCUUUGGCUCCUUCCACCUGAUUCGUCUACUCUACGAUGAAUAUAUGUUUUACUUAGUAGAACAUCGUGUUGCUCAGGCAACAGGAGAGACUCCUAUAGCAGUCAUGGGCGAGUUUGGUGAUUUAAAUGCCGUGUCUCCUGGAAAUCUGGAUAAAGAUGAAGGCAGUGAAGUAGAAAGUGAAAUGGAUGAAGAACUGGAUGACUCUUCAGAGCCUCAAGCCAAAAGAGAGAAAACAGAGCUGAGCCAGGCAUUUCCGGUGGGCUGCAUGCAGCCUGUUCUCGAGACUGGCGUGCAGCCAAGCCUCCUGAAUCCAAUUCACAGCGAGCACAUUGUCACAAGUACUCAGACUAUCAGACAGUGCAGCGCUACGGGAAAUACCUACACUGCAGUCUAAAGAAUAUUAAAGCGUAUUUUUCCAGCUUACAUUACCCCUGUUGAUAUGGGCUUAAGUUGAAAAUUUAAUAAGCCUGAAGGUCGACUGUUGUCAAAUUCUAUCUGUGCUGAACAUUAACUUUUUGGAGUUGUGAAAUGGAAUGGGUGUGUGUAUUUUGGCAGGUCUUUUUAUUUUUAACGUAAGCAAAUUAUUUGCCUCUUAAUAAUGAAUUUUUUCCCUUAGUUUCAGGUGUCAAGAAGGAUUUUUACAACACUUAAUGUCAAUGUUUCGUUUUCUUAAAAUUAAAAAGUAAUUUACAUUUUUUGUAGCUUAAAAUAUUUUAUUGUUGAUUGUUAGUCUUGGUGUAUGAUUUCAUGUGUAAGUUUUUUAAUUAGAUGCACUUCUGUGAAAUAUCAAAAGAAAUGAAUUUUUUUGAUUUACACUGGAGGCAUGCCCAUUUGGCAGCAGAUGCAUCAAAUUUGCUUUUGAAAGGUGCUUUUCAUUGGACAGAACCAUAAGACACUAUUUUGAUAACAUUUUGAGUACGGAGAGAGAAUACAGAGCAUUUUUAUUAUAGUGCUAGAGGGUUUGGAAGGUCAUCUAUUUUUCUCUGAGGAAAAAUUGAGCUGUGCAUUUAUCAGUUCAGAGUAAAUGACAGAAUUGCAAGAGAUUAUGCUAAUAUGUACAUAAUUUGUGUACAUAAUUAUUAAACCAUGUUAACAAUGCAAGCUUCCGUUAAACAUUGAAUUUUAACUAUUAUUUGCAUACCAAUUCCUCCGUUUAAAGACUACUGAUUCUGUAUUUGGGACCACUGCACAGAUGCAUUCUGCUGUUAAGUGGGGGCUGUUAGAGUUAGAUACUGAAGCAGAAAAAAAUGACUUGACUUUUUUUUUAAGUGUACAUGCUACUUAUGCUGAGCUGGACAUACAGGAAACCAUUCCAUUUGGAUGACUUUCUUUUAUUCCAGGUCUUUUUCCUAAUAGUAGUUCAAUAUGCUGCUAUUAUAAAAGAAAAUUUAUAGAAUGCAAGGAAUGUAGCAACCUACAUAACGUUAUUUCCUUCAAAACUAUUUCCUGGUUUCUAAAAUAUGUGGAUUUAAAUUGUAAACAGAACCUGAAGGCAGUGUAACUGGCACACCUCACUGUUACUUAUCCCCGAUUCUGUAGGAUUUGGAUAGGUGGCUGGAUGGACCAUUGCCAUUGAAGAAUGUACAUCAGGGAUCAUCGUACCUCGGCUAUUACAUGGUGCCUUAAAACAGAACUGAAGCUAAGGUUUAGUAAGGUUUAUUUUGUUCAUGUGAAUAACUCUUCAAUCCAUUUGACAAAGUGUGCCUGUCAUUUUCAGAUUCCCGAAGUAAGGACAGGUGACAUGUUCUUCAAAGGAAAUUUAGGGAAAGCAAAGCAAAACAAAAAGACAAAAAUCAGUUUCCCCCUUUGAGUGACCGUGAAUCUAUUUUUUAUUCUUAGAGCUGCAUAUUUGCUUAAGGGUGUGGAAUAGCAGGCUAGUUUUAAUACCAACUUGUUACAUAAAGUCAUAUAUGUUUUAGACCAUUCUUAUCUAGUUACCGUUUUAGAAAGUUAACAGAGUAAGCAGAUACUUAUCGAAGUGCAUCUUUUCAGUCUAAAUGUUUGUCUGUGUGUCUAGGUGCCGGUGUGUCCACAUGCACACAUGAGUGCCCAUGGGGCAGGAGUCUGCUACAAAGUCAGAAGGUGAGAUCCUAGAGAGUUACACCCAGCCCUAUUUUAAUUUGCAUGAAAAGCCAAGGUUCUUUUAAGCCCUCAAAUUAUUUAAUGAUUAAAACACAAAAAGGCACAUCUGUUCAUUUAAAUAGUUGUAAAAUACUAAUCAGCAAAAAUAGAGAAUAAAGCCAAAAAAAAGCACAAAUUGAUUCACAGAUUAUUAAUGAGGCCUAUGUUAAACCCAAGAUGUUUAUCUUUUCAGUUGUAUUGGGGCAGGGGGGUGGGGGGGGUGGAAAGAAGAGGCGAGCCAGUCUGUAAAGUUAGAAAUACCAAAUGGCUUAUCGGGUAAUACACGGUGUAUUUAAGCUGUUGUUGCUUGGUUGCCUCAGACUACUCAAAUAACAUCAACAACAUUUCUUAAGUAAAAUUUAAAUAUUUAGAUGUAACUUUGAAAACAGAUCCAAAUUUUUUAUUAUACAACUCAUAUAUUUGAAAGUCUUCACUAGCAUAGUAGCAUCACCUUCAUCUAAAUAUCAUUUAAAUUGCCAUACCUCUUUUUCCUCCCAAAAAGACAAUGGAUUUGUACCAAAACACACACAAAAAAGGCAAACAAAACAUAAGCUGCAAAAGAUCAUGUAUCUACUUCAUUGUGCAUAGGAAGUGUUUACAGGUAAAAUUAAAAUCAAAAAGUGAAAAGACACUCUUCAUUUUGGCUCUCCUUUCUGAAUUUUUUCAGUUUCCUGUCUCUAUCCGCCAUCCCUUGAAUGAUACUAUGUAUUGGACCAAAUGUAUUUACUGGUUUCAUUUUGUUUAUUGGAUGACUUUAAAUGUAUUUAUUAUCAUUGUUUCCUUUAAUUUAACGUUGGAUAUAUUUGUAUCAUUAGAGGAAUCUGAUAAUAAUGGGCAAAUUUAGAUUGAUGAGACUUAGGGACUGGGGAUGCUCCAGAAUUCAACAUUUCUUCCAAUUGUUCAUGGUUCUAAAUUAGGACAGAUUAAGAACUAAUAAACAUUAUAACAUUUGAACUUGACUCAAUAAAAAUAUUCUCAUCUCCUUUAUGAAUAUUUAGGCAUAUUCUUUGUGACUACUGUAAAUAGUUUGGACCAAAACAGAAAAGAAGGCCUAUGGUUUAUGUUACUUCCAGUUAUUUGUAGUUUACAGUAAAACAUGAACACACAUACACACAAACAUUUUCAUCAAUUUAGAAUUUGAAUCGUGAAAUACAUGAGAAUAUAAAAACAUAAUUUAUACAUUUGAACAAAUUGAGCAAUGACAUUUAUUGCAUUUAUUUCCAUUUUUCCCUUUUUUCAUUCAUUGAAACUAGGUUUUCUAAAUAAUAUUAGACAGUAACACUUUCUUAAUAGAUUUAUUCACAAAUGAUACAAGUAUACAUUUUAAGGACUUCUUUGUAUUUCUUGCAAUUAUAACCAAUCACUAGUCAUGAAAUAUUAUUGUAUAAAUCAAGUGCUACACUUUCAGUGAGGAAGAAGGUUAAGGAAGUUAUGUUGGCUAUUUUCAAGUUUUAGAAAAGACAUUUUCAUAUGACAGGAUUGAGUAUCAUGGGUAUAGUUUGAUCUUGACCUGUACUUUGAAAAUCAUACCCAAAAGAUUUGCAUUCAUGAAACCAGUGAACAAUAGGGUGGAAUGGAUGAACCAUCUCCUUGGAAGACACAGGGCCCAAUUUUCAAUUUUUUCUUUGGCUAUCAAGUUGCUAGUCACUUAUUCAGGAUUUUCAUCCAAACUGUGUUUGGACUGACUGUAUAAGUCUUAACUGCCUUUUCAGAAAUCUGCUUUCCUUUUUGUGAUUUUUCUUGUACUGUAUAGCACGGUUUAUGCACCUCUCUUUAGAUGGUGUACUUUAAAAACAAAAGUAAAAUUUAGAAAAUGGUUUUAACACUGCAUACCUGAAAUUAGUAGUGUGCAACAUUGACUGCCUUUGAUUUCUAGUAGACAAGUAAAAAUGAAUACGUUCUUGUAGAAUGCUGUAAAAGUCAUUCAGGAAUGAAUGCGGUUUUAGUGCCGUAAUCAUGAAUCUUUUUAUAUGAAUGCACUGUCUAAAAGUGCUAAAUGCAUUUUCAAAUUCUUGAAAAUUCCUCAGAUGAUAUAUUUGAAAUGUCUAAAAUAAUGCUGUGCUUGAAACAUUAGUGUAAAAGAAAAAAGUGUGUCACUGUGAUGUUGGUCCUCCUUGUGUGGACACAAGUAGAAAGUAAAAACUUGGCAAUUCACCUUUGUGUACAAUUUGAGGCAGUGGUUAUAUAUAAUGAAUUGACCUUUAUUAUAACCCCUCUGCACACACAUUCUUGGUGAGAAAAUAACAGCCACCCACAAAUUAAGAUCAGAACUUUUGUGAUCUGUAUGAAUCACACUAGAACAUGGGGGAGGAGGAUUGGCAUGCAGUGCUAUUGAAAUUUGGGCUUGUUGCUAGAUCAGAACAACCUCCAUGUAUAGGGUUAGAACAAAUCAAUUAAUGGAAUCCUAGUAUUUCUGCAAGUUUGGUGAUUUUUAAAAACUGGAAUAGAAGCAUUAAUUCAGUGCUUAGUUCUAGUAUUAGAAAACCCCUUUGAUGUAAUGCCUUUAUUAACCCUUUGAGCAUUGUAAGAUAUACAAUGGGGGACAAAAGCCUUUCAGAUCAUUUAUUUAGACUUAGACCGGUAAAGUAUACUCUAUAUCCAAAUGUCUAAUUAUGCUGUUUUUUUAAGGGGGGUGGGUAGGAAGAGAAAGUGUUUCCACGCCGAACACUUGCAUUUUAUAUACAACUCUUAAUUUUUCUUCAAGAGGGCUUGAUAUAUUUAUUCCCAAAUAUUCACUGCCAUCUAAGUAAGUGUACUGUUUACAGAAAAAAAAAAAAAAUCAACUUUUCUAGCAUCACACCAUAGUCUCUAGAAAAGGAGGACAGAUACAUGGGCCUGGAUAGACCCAUGUCAUAACUGAUUUCUGCACAUUGAAGGUACCUAGAUUGCCUUUAAAAGGUAUAAAGAAAGGGUUAAGUUUCUUUUUUUUUUUUUCUUUUUUUCCCAAAACAAAACAAAAGAUCUCAUUUAUUUAGCUUUAGAAAGUACAAGUGUAAGUGAAGCCUUAGGAAGAAACGAGUUCGAGUGGAUUAAGAGAAUGUGAACUCUUUGGGGGCAGUUAGGCUAUUUGGAGUUAGAUCGCUCAUAAAAUAUUGUUUGGGAAUUUUGCCCAGGGCAUAAUUUUAUCUAUGCUCCAAAACUUUAAUACUUUGUCAAAAAAUUAUAUAUAGACAGAAUGGAGAGCAAAGCACUUGAUUUUAAGCUCAUUGUCAGGAGAUGCUAUGACUACUGCUUCUGGUAUCUCUAAAUGUCAGUCUGCUUACACCAUUGCUGAUUUUGUUCAAGGGAAUCUCUUCAUGCACUUGAUUCCCUGUUCCCUGUGUGAUCGAACAUGAAAGCAGUGUUGUCAGCAGAUGUGCUUAUGCUGCCCUAGCUGGGCGCAAAUAAGAGUGUAACCUAUUCUGAUGUCUAGUGAAAGGACAUCCAUAGCAUAGUGCAAGUAUGCCGUAAACCUUGCUUUUUAGGCAGUUUAGGAAGUCAAACCAUUCAAUUACUCAUGUGUUAACAUGCAAUACUCAAAGGGUUUUAAUUUAACUCUCUUCUUUUGAAUUCUUCAUGAUGAUUUACUGUAAAUGCUUCUCAGUUUGCAUGCCUUGAUCAUUGCUGCUAGUGAUUUUAUGUGCCAGUAGACCUGAGUUUAGUUUACCAAUUUUACUUAAAUAGUAAAAGCCACUUACAAAGUGACUGCCUAGGAUUUUUUUUCCCCUUUCCUUAAAAUAAUUGAUAAUAUGUUGUUUUUUUUGUUUGUUUUUUCUUUUUUAAGAAAAAUGUGUUUUGUCUCUUAUUUGAUUCUGGUUUGAUUCUUUUCCCCCCGUCUUUCCUUUGUUUUUUUAAAUAAAUUAUGAUGUUGGGAUUGGAAGCCCUGAGUAAUGAAAUCUUUGGUAAGAAUUGUUUAUGUAGCUCAAUAAUGAGGACAACAAAUCUUUUUUAGAAGAAUUUUGAUUCUGGGGAGGAAAGAAAAUAUUAAAACUCCCAUUGACUGUUGAUAACCGAGUAAAUUUUUCCUUCAGUAAAUUAGUAUUUUUGAAGAAACAAUAGCUUUGUUUUAACCUGGUAAACACAAUUUUAAAUGAUCCAAUAAAGAAGCUACUGAAUUGUAUUCAUUUAAAAAGCAUCUUUUGUACCAAAGCAAAUUUUUUUCUCUACUCAUCUCCAUCAUCAAUUUGGACCUAUGGUGGUGACCAAUGCGUUGGUUACAGAAACUUUAAGUGAGUGCCUUGAGAAAACUUGGAAAUUUGUGCCUGAGGUGGUAAACUUUUAAUUAGGUUAAUUGUAGUGCUUACCAAUCAGUAACUCCACUAUCACUCAGGGCUUUCGUACCUUCUGGGUCAAACUUCUUUCAUUGUGUUUUUUUACGAUACUGUAUUUUUUUUUAAGUGCCAUCAUUUAAAUUUCACUUAGUAAGUGGCCGAUUACAUUAUUCAGUCCCACAAGCACAGAAACAUAGUAACACUAGGAGAUAUUUGAACAUUUAUUUUACAAUCGACUGAAUAUAUUAUGUAAAUGAGGUAAGCAACUUUUGUAGAGAUUGUAUGUGUGAGAUAAUGUAAUGUUCUUUUCCAGUUUUUGGACUACAGUUGAAUAAACUUUUUAAUUAUUUAAAAACAUCUUUACCGAAUAACAUGUGAUGGUUUUUUGUAUAAUGUAUUUGAUUUUGUAAAUACGUAUUUCCUGAUGUGAUUUUUGUGAGAAAUGCUAAAUCUUUUAGUAUAUCAUGUCCUCUCAAAAUUGGCAGGAGCUAAAUAAUAGUUUGUGGGCGAUUUGUAUUGUGUACUGUACAAUAACUGGGGAACUUUUAUAAUUAUAAAAAUAUAUAUUAACUUUUAGUGUGUUGUUUAAACAAAUGACUGGAACAUACUAAAGAUAUUAGUAGGAUUUUUCUGAAUAUUUCAGACUUGAACUCAGGCUAGCUUUCUUGUGUUUUUCAAAACAAAAUGGUGUCUUGUCUUUUAAAAUCAAUAAAUUUGUUUCCUUGUUACAAAUA